AUGCAUAUUGAACGUUGUUACUUCUGCUCCGGGCCUUGUUACCCUGGCCAUGGCACUAUGUUUGUCCGUAACGACAGCAAGACCUUCAGAUUCUGUCGUUCCAAGUGCCACAAGAACUUUAAGAUGAAGCGUAACCCCCGUAAGGUCCGCUGGACCAAGGCCUUCCGUAAGGCUAGUGGCAAGGAGAUGGUCAUCGAUUCUACCUUUGAGUUCGAGAAGCGUCGCAAUGUACCUGUCCGUUACGAUCGUAACUUGAUGGCCACUACCAUCAAGGCCAUGAAGCGUGUCCAGGAGAUUCGUGUUAAGCGUGAACGUGCAUUCUACAAGACUCGCAUGGCUGACAACAAGGAGAAGGACAGAGCAGAGGAUGUCCGUGUUGUACAGCAGAAUAUUGAAUUGGCUCCUUUGGAUGCCAAGAAGCGUAUCCAGGCCAUGAAGCUCAGCGAGAAGAACACCGAGAAGAUGGAGAUGGACGAGUAG